AUGGCUAGUAAUGCUACAACCGUUUGGUGCCCCAUCUCUGGUAUCACCGUCGAUUUCAGCGAGUCGAGAACGGAUAUAGAGUUUGCUGAAGUAUUGAUUGGCAAUGAUUUCCGUUUGCCGAUUAGACGCCGAGCAGGAAGGAGUUGGCGAGAGACAUUUUCUGAGACCAUAGUGCUUUCUCGUUCGGAUGCGUUUUUCUUACGCAUAUCGUACAAGGAACAUUUUAAAACCGAAUUGAAGCAUGAAGACAUUCAUUUCGACCUGGAUGACACGUUCCGCGCGUAUAGCGCAGGCGAAGGACAAGCAUACAUAAAGUGGCACGGAAAAAUUAGGAUCGUCGUCGACCUUUCCGAGAAUACUUCAACUGAAAUUAAGCUCCUGCCUACCACUUCCCGAAUGUUUGAGCGCUGUCCUCGGUUGACGCUCCCAAGAUUCCGAAUUCUGGUGAUAGGAAAGACUGGCGUUGGCAAGUCGUCACUGAUCGAGCACGUUUUUGGAGUAGGUGCAAAAACGACCGUUGCGCACGAUGAGCCAGGCGAGGCGAUCAUCGACCAUGAGUUUAUCUCACCGCAGAACGACAAGUUUAUUGUCCAUGAUAGCAAAGGUUUCGAACCAGGGAAAGAAGACAACCUCAAUCUUGUCCGAGAUUUUAUUCAACGUCGGAGAGCAAUGCCUGAUUUGAAAGAUCAGUUGCACGCUGUUUGGCUUUGUUUUCAGAUACCUUUUGCAGGCGGACGUUUCCUAGAGACGGGGACCGAGAAAUUCCUGACAUGGAAACGUGAUGGAACCCUGGGAGACAUUCCCGUUAUCGUGGUUCUUACUAAAUAUGAUGUGCUCGUUAAUCAGAUGGAGCUAGAACUAGAUGAAACCUCCAUCGAUGGAUUGAGCGACGAAGAGAUAAAGGAACUCGCCAAGACAGAAGCAGAUAUCGAGAUUCGCGUUAAUUGCAUUAAACCUCUGAAGCGAUUUGCGGGGUCUGAUAUUCCCCAUGCUAUAAUCUCUACCAAAGCUGACUACAAGGAGACCCUCGCCAGCCUGAUCCAAACAACUGAAAAAUAUGUCGGCCAGCAUUCUACGCCCGAGGCUGCGGUGAUGACCUCCAUUGCUCAGCGGGUCCAUUCUGGACUCAAAAUAGAGGCAUUGAUUAAUUUCGCGUUGAUGAUUAGAUAUUGGAAGGUGCUUGGAUCAUGCCCAUUAUUCAAGAACCGCAAGAUGCGGGAUUGUCUGGAUGUGCUUCACACUGACAUAGUCGAUGUCUGGAACUUCCGUGACCCUCAAAAGUACUUGCGCAGUCCAGACUUCAAGGCAAUGAUAAUAAACAUGGUCGAUGGGAUACAAGUUGAACUGACAGCUGAUCCCACCAAGACCAUAGUUACUGGGCUCACCGUGCUUGGCACUCUCACAACCAUCGUGUCCGCCCUGGCGGCACAUGCGGUUCCCAUCGUGGUACCAAUCGUAGCAAGUGGCGUACUUGCUGCAUGGGCUCAAGAUGUAUACCAAACAUCCGACGUGGUGCUUCGGCGCUUCAUGACCUACAUCAUCCAUCUAACGCUUGUGUUGCAGACACUGUUUAUCGUGUCAGAAAGCCAAGGACUUACUCGUAGGGCCAUCAAACUCGCAGUCAAAUCCUACUCCGACUCUGGAAUGGGCGAAGAAGUUGUUAUUCGGAUUCAGGAUCAUAUUCGGCAAUUGACUUUUCUGGACCACGCGGAUAGGGAUACCGUGAACAAGAUCGAAGAGGUGAUACAGUUUUAUAAGAUCGAUGAGGCAGAAAUGUCCAAGCUUCGGGUAAAGCGCCCUACUGGAGCCCUCCAACGUGCCAAGCACGAAUACAUUGCCAUCCGAUUUGUCCCUCAAGCGGCAUAUGAGCGCGCCACUUCUUUGAACAUUUCUCCGCAGUCUGAUGUCGUGACUCGCGUAUGCAUGUUGUUCGAAAAGAACGACGUUGCUUGGUGGGCGGAUGUAGUCGGAGUUGAUCCUACAAGAGCUGGUGAUGUGACUUUGUUCAGGGUGUACAUUGGAAUCCGGGGGCGGGGUGGAGGUUCUCAUUUGAUAUUCUACCGGACAAAUUUGUUUUUUGCAUCCCACGAGAACAAUUGA